AUCGGCUUAGUUCGACCGAGCCGAGCCGGUUCCCUCGGGGAAAAAGGGAUCUCAUCCCAGCUUCCGCAUUCUCGAUCUCCUUCUUCCUCCUGAACGGCUGUCGACGACAACCCUCCGGCGAGAUCCCUUUGUGGCUUCAGUCUUCAUGUUGUAAUUGAGGUUUUGGAGUACAGCUUCUUGUUAUGGCCGGUACAGCAUGCUUCAUUAUCGUCAGUAAAAAUGACAUUCCAAUUUACGAAGCUGAAGUUGGCUCUGCAGCGAAGAAAGAAGAAGCUUCUCAGCAGCAUCAGUUUAUUUUACAUGCAGCCUUGGAUAUUGUCGAAGACCUUGCAUGGACCACAAAUGCUAUGUUCUUGAAGGCAGUUGAUAAGUUCAAUGAUCUUAGUGUGUCUGUAUAUGUUACAGCUGGUCACACUAGAUUUAUGUUACUACAUGAUUCUCGUAAUGAGGAUGGAAUAAAGAGCUUCUUCCAAGAGGUCCAAGAGCUCUACAUAAAGAUCCUACUGAACCCGCUUUACCUUCCUAGCGCGCGCAUUGCAUCGUCGCACUUUGAUACCAAAGUUCGUGCUCUUGCAAGAAAGUAUCUAUGAGCGUGGUGAAAUUCCUGGUCACGAAUGUUUGCCCCUCAAAUACAGGAUCAUAGGGAGUGUUUGAUCUGUCUUAAUUCCUUCUUUCCCUUUGCUGUUAGAAUACAUGGGAGAUGGCAUUUUAUUCUGCAUUUCUUUCACAGAAUUGAGCGCCGCUGCUUAUAGUGCCUGAAGCAGUUCUCUGGACUUCUAGUGUUGAUGUUUAAUCACGAAGGAAAUGAUUGUUGAGAAAUGGCAAGUAGUUUCGAUCAAAUUUUGUGACUCUCUUUUUCGGCAUGUAUAUAAGAGUUUAAUAUUGUGCAGAACUCAUUGUGGGAUUGAAUAUUAAUGACAAUGGUUUCAGAUAA